AUGGCUGUCGCUCUGCCUAUCGCGCGCAUAUAUGGGUGUUGGCUUGGGCGCCAACGUGUGCGGCCUCUGCUGCUGCUUUCUGCUGCUGCCGCUGCUUCACCGCCGGCGAAAUUGCCAAAAUUGCUCAAUCCCAACGUGCAGCAGCACCAACCAGCUUCUUUUCGGCCAUGUCCGAAGGGCAUCUUCGACUGCAAAACAGAUCGCAGGACAGAUCACACUUCGCCCGAUGCACUUCGAUGCUCUUGCGCAUGCUUGCCGUUGCUCUCCGGGUUGAUUGCCGAUGACGAGGCGAGGCUGUUCAGCCCAGCUGGCCGGUCCGCAGCGAGCGUCGGCUCAGCUCGGCGAAUCACGCUUGCGGCUGCGGAUGCUCUCGUCAUCGACGGCGUGCAAAGAAAGGGUAAAGACAUCAUCUUCAUCGGCUGGCUCUACCGCUACGAGCUUUGUCCCUCUGCGUUCAAGUCGAGGUCCGAGCCACGCUUUCACGUCGCAGGCACUCGCAGCACCGCAGCUCCGUCGGCCGCGCUUGGAUUCCGCAACCAAAACCGUCUCGACUGCCCCGCCUCCCUUUAA